AGGCAGAGAUUGAAUACAUUGAUAAAAAGUCUUAGGUGUUUGUAAAGCAUGCAGUAGGUCAACAAACUUGUCAAUUUGAUAAUGAUUUGACAUAAUAUAGAAACUAGAUUGGAAAUAACUAUAGAUUAGAAAUUAGAAUAGAAUUAGAAAUUUGAAAGUCCAAACUCCAAACUCCAUAGAUAUUUUAAGUCUUAUAAAAUAUAUUAUUUCGAUUAAAGUUUAAAAGUGAUAAAAUUCGAGAUACAUUUUUUUCCGCCUAUUCGCAGUGUAUAUUAACGUGCCAUAGGACUCAAUGUAAAUCAAAUAUAAAAUAAAUAAAUUAGCUUUUUUACUGUGUACAUACAUAAAUUAUUUUUACGUGAAGUGAACAAAAUAUAGAAUCGAAAUGCUUAGGCAAGUAAUGAAAAAUAUAAAACCAGUGUUUCCUUAUGCUAGGACAUUAUCAUCUAAGGGUCCAUUAAUUGACUUAAGUGUAGACAAUGAUGGAGUAGCAGUUAUGACCAUGCAGAGACUACCAGUGAACAGCUUAAACUUAGACUUACUACAGGAAUUGAGUAAAUCACUUGAUGAAGUUGCCAAGAACAAAACAAAAGCAUUGAUUUUAACAUCAGCAUCACCAAGUACAUUUUCAGCUGGCCUAGACAUUAUGGAAAUGUACAAGCCAGAUAUAAAGAGAGCAGAAUUAUUUUGGACUACCCUCCAAGAUGUUUGGAUUAAAUUAUUUGGAUCGAAUUUUAUUACUGCUGCCGCAAUUAAUGGUCAUGCACCUGCAGGCGGGUGUUUAUUAUCAAUGUCCUGUGAGUAUAGAGUGAUGGUGUCUGGCAAAUAUACAAUCGGACUGAAUGAGACGGCUCUAGGAAUAGUUGCACCACGUUGGUUUAUGGAUACCAUGCGUAAUACGAUAUCACAAAGGGAAACAGAAUUUGCGCUCACAACUGGUAGAAUGUUCACCGUGGAUGAAGCUUUAAAGGUGGGCCUCAUAGAUGAAACAGCGGCAGACAAAGAAGACGCUAUCAAGAAAUGCAAAGGUUUUAUCAAGAAGUUUGACAGAAUCCCUUCUCUAGCCCGCGGUGUCACAAAACAAGGUAUUCGAGCUGAACCAAUCAAGUGGCUACAAGACAACAGAGAAGCGGACACAAAUGUGUUCCUAGGUUUUCUAAAGAAUCCAAAAGUACAAGAAUCAUUGGAGAUAUAUAUUCAAGCUAUGAAAGCAAGGUCAGCCAAUAAAUGAGUAGGCUAUAAAUAAUUGAUGUAUUAAGUUAAAUGUUUUUAUUGAUAUAAUAUUUUUAUACCCAGUUCUUUACCUAUAUUAUUAUAGUAUUUUAUACGAAUAAUAAUUGACAUAAUAUCUAUUCGAUGUCUAUUCUAAUAAAUGACAUGAGAUUGUA